AUGGCUAUAUUUAUUGUAUCCUUAAUUUUGGGACUUCUUAUACUUUCUUUAUACUUUAAACAUGAAUUAAAAACAGAUAAUUUUAUAAGAGAAGAUUCUUUAAAAGUUGUUCAUGUUAAGCAUUCAUUACAUGAAAUGAAAGAAAGAAAUUGUAUUUUACCUAAACUUGAUAUUUGGAAUUUAUUUAUUGGAUCAUUUAUUAAAAAAAAUAAUAAAAUAUAUUGUACAAUUGAAAAAAUUGAUGAUUGGUUAUUUUUUGAUAGUAAAGAACAACAAUUAAAGAUAUCUGAUGAUAUGAAAAAAUAUGAAAAUAAUUUAAAAUGUACAAUUAAAUAUAUUAAUAGCCUUAAUAAUACACAUUCAAAUAUAACAUAUAAUAAGUUUCCAAUAAAAGAUUUAAAAAGUGAUUUUUUUGAUGUUAAAUGUAAUAUUAAUGGAACAGACAAUGAAUGGUCUAAAUAUUUCAUGAGAGCUAUUUUGAAUAGUGAGAAAGUUGAAAAAUUAAGAAAAUUAAAAAAGCCUGAUAAUUGGACUGGUUGGAAUGUACAUAUAAUUAGUUAUGGCUCCCUUUCACAGAUGUCAUAUAAACGUUUUUUGUCAAAAUCAUUAAAAUUUUUUGAAAAAAAUUUAGAAGGAUUUAUUAUGGAAGGUUACAAUACUUUAGGAAAUCAAACAUUACAAUCAUUUAUUCCUUAUUUUACUGGAAAAAGUGAAUUAGAAUUAUUAAAAAUUAAAAAUUUAUAUAAUGAAAAUUUAACUGUAAAUGAUGUUUAUUCAUUUGUUUGGAGUAAUUUUUCUGAUAUUGGUUAUGUUACACUUUUUGGGGAAGAUAAAUUUAAAAAUUCAACAUUUUAUGAUUAUUUUAAAAAUCAACCAACUGAUCAUAUUUUAGGUACAUCUUUUAAAUAUACUGAAAAUGUUUUUGGUGAUUAUUGUUUUAGAGAUACAAUGCAACACAAAGAAUGGUUAGAUUAUUCUACAAGUUUUAUUGAAGCAUACAAUCAUUUUAAUAUUCCAAGAUUUAGUUUUUUACAUCAUUCUUCAUUAACAAAAAAUUAUUUAAAAAAUGUUGAAAAUAUAGAUGAUGAUUUGUAUGAGUAUUUAAAAUAUAAUUACAACAACGGAAAUUUUAAAAAUGAUUUUAUUAUUUUAAUAUCUGAUAAUGGAUUUAUAUCAAAUGAGUUUAGAAAUACUCAACAAGGACGUCUUGAAGAACGAUUACCUUUUCUUGGUAUUCGUUUACCAAAAAAUAUUAAUAAUAAAGAAUAUAAAAAAAAAUUAUUAAGAAAUUUAAAUUUUAAUAGAAAUACAUUAACAACACCAUUUGAUAUUUAUACAACAUUACUUGAUAUUUUAUCACUUCCUAAUGAUUAUAAACUUGAUAUAGAACAAAAGAUGGAUAAAAGAGGUUUAUCAAUUAUAAAACCUAUUCAUAAAAAUAGAAAUUGUUUAAAUGCUGAUAUUGAAUUACAUUGGUGUACUUGUAUGGAAUGGAAAAAUAUUCCAAAUAACACAAAAUAUACUGAUGCUAUAAUUGUAUUAGUUAAAAAAUAUAUAACAGAAAUAAAUAAACUUUUAUUGACUGAAUCAAAAUAUUGUUCUCAAUUAAAAUUAGAUAAAAUUGUUAGUGCAAAAUGGUUAGUUCCAAAUAAGGAAAUAUUAAGUAACAAUAAUUUGUUAAAUAAAAAUGAUUUUAAGUCAAAUGAUAACGAUUUAAUAGAAAUUAGUGAAUCAACAUAUAAAAUAAAAUUUAUUACACAACCAGGUGGAACAAAUUAUGAGAUUACUACGCAUUUGAACUUUUUAGACACAAAAAUGUAUGUCAAUAUGUGGAAUCUCACUAGUCUUAACUCGCAAUAUGACUUUAGUCAUUGUAUGAGGGAUAAAGUAGACAAAUUACUAAAUUAUUGUGUAUGCUAUGAUAAACAUAAUGAUAAGAAUUAA